AUGUAUUCUAAUAAAGACCGGUUAAUACAAUGCAUCAUACAUGCCUACAGACUAUCCUUUUUGAUUGGAAUAUGCUCACUUUUCAUGGCCAAAAGUUGCCUACCAGAAUUCCUGCAAUAUGGUAAAACCUACCAGCCCAACAAUGAUACAAAAUUUUCUAGUAUAUUAGAGAGAAUCAAGAAGUUUACGGUUCCAAAGGCAUAUUUUUCCCAUUUUUACUAUCUGGCCACUCUUCUGUCAUUGAUUACUUUAUAUUUCUAUCCUAAAUUCCCAAUUGUCUGGAUAAUUUUUGGACACUCACUGCGUCGACUCUAUGAGACCCUUUAUGUCUUACGUUAUACGAACAAGUCCAGAAUGAAUUGGUCCCAUUAUUUAGUCGGAAUAUGGUUCUAUUCCGUACUAUUGUUAAUUCUGAAUAUAUCAUUGUACAGGAACACCAUCCCAAGCACACCAAACACUUAUGCUCUCAUGAUAUUCUGCAUAGCAUCCUGGGACCAGUAUAAAAACCAUUGCAUUUUGGCCCAGCUGAUUAAAUAUUCACUACCAACAGGGAGGCUGUUUGGAUUGGUAUGCUGUCCUCAUUACCUCGACGAAAUAAUUAUCUAUUCCACUCUGUUGCCCUAUGAACAAGAAUUUUGUUUAACACUAAUUUGGGUCAUUACAAGCUUAAGCAUAUCCGCAUUAGAAACACGGAACUACUAUAAACACAAAUUCAAAGACGACGAUGUUCCUCGCUACGCUAUAAUACCUUACGUACUCUAG